AUGACUACCAUGGCUACCCUCGAAACCCAGCCCCGAUUUAUUUACAAGAUCAUCCCCUCCACGGCUCAAGUGCGCGAGCCACUUCCCGAUCGACUGCCCGUCAGCGAAUUGGAUCAGAGCUCGGGAUUUAUCCACCUUUCCAUGGCAUCCCAGGUGCCAAAUACGCUGAAGUUUUUCUUCAGCGAGGAGCCUGUCGUGUAUAUCCUACGCAUCAAAUAUGCGGACGUGGUUCAGGAUAUUCGUUGGGAAUCGCCAGACGGAAAAGUGUGCGGUCCGCGGCCAGGGGAGGGACUGUUCCCGCACUUGUAUAAUGGACUCAAAUUAGGGAAGCAUGAGGUGGAGAGCAUUGCGAUCUGGCAAAAUGAGGGAGGUUGGGGUAAGGCCCUGGAUGGCGCAGAGCCCUGGCUCGUGUCCUGA